UUCUCUUAAUUCCAUGACUUUCAUUACACGUUUUUUAUCAUUUUGUUCAUGUAGCACUGAAGGCCAAGGCUGGUGUCGAUAGAAACUAGGAUCUCAGUUCUCCUACUUACGGAACCACUAAGUGAAACAAUAUAUUCAUCGGAGUCGUUGUUCCCUCCCUAAAAAAUAGAACAAAUUUUACUUUAAGAAACUAUAAUCCUUAACAGUCAUGUCUUUGUGACAAAUUCCCUGUCUAUUACUAUACCCCCGCUCCGAAGGAGAAGAGGGUAUACUGUUUUACUCUUGUGUGUUUGUCUUAAAGUUUCUGUCUGUCUGCCCGUAACACAAAUUCUCGUCAAAGAAUUCUCAGCAACUAUUUAUCGUAGGUGCUUAAAAUUUUAACACAAUUUGUGUAGGCAUGCAAUAUCGGGGGAUAAAUUUUGUAUCAAUCGAACGUCAACUUCCUGUUGAAUGAUAACUUUGUUUAUUUUUAGCCAAAAUUAUCAAACAAAUUUUUGUCAAGUAUUUCUACAUGUAAGCAACUAUUUAUUGCAGAUGCUUGAAAUUUAACACACUAUUUGCUUGGGCAAAUAUCGUGGGAUAUAUUUUUGUACCAAUCAGACGUCAACUUCCUUUUAAAUGACGACUUUUAUCAUUUUUAGCCUAAAUUUCCAAACAAUUUUCGUCACAAGAUUUCUAAGCAACUAUCAAUCGCAGAUGCUUGAAGUUUUUUCCACACUUUUGUUUAAGGCAUACCAUAUCGUGGGAUAUAUUUUUGUACAAAUCGGACGUCAACUUCCUGUUAAAUGUCGACUUUGCUUAUUUUGCAUAUAUACAUUAGAGCGGGGGUAUCACUAGUGAGCAUUAGCUUUCAAACAUCUUGUUCUUAAUAAAUAGAAACCGUUGGUAUCGGAGGGAUAACUAAAGGUUUUUCACAAUCUAUUGAAUAUAUGUACUUUUAAUGGGACUUUCCAUUCUACUUUCAUCUAUUAACAAUUUUAAAAUUGACAGCUACCUAAAGCAAUCCUUCCUUCUAAUUUGUAUAUUAUUUCAUAAUUUCGCAUUUGUUUUUAUUUUAAAAAUAAAGAUUGUUGGCAAAUAAUAGAUGCAAAUAAUUCUACAUUUCCCUUUCACCGUAUCUGUUAAAUAAAUCUUACCACGUUGUUGCGAUUGUGCGAAACUCAUUUAACAUAAUAAUGUCCACGUUGAAAUUUUGUAACAACUGUCUGAAUUUUGGAUCUUCAAGAGAUUCUGGCGAAGCAAAUAAGUUUUUCUGUCUGUUUAUCAACUCAUCCAUCUCAUGACUGUUACCUUUUGUAAAAGAAUUUUUUCAUCGUCUUUUGUGGUUUGGCCCGAACAACUGGAAGGUACAUUUGAUACGGUACUGAGAUACCGAAUUCUGGCAACACAGCAAAUACAGUCUUUCUCUGCUAGCAUAGAUUGAAGCAUUUCGUAUUAUUAUACUUUCAUGUUAAAUAUCGAAAUCUGAUUGGUUAAGACGCAGUUGGUAAUCCGUUCUAUUACACUCUGCGUUAGCAACGCACUUGGCAACGGGUAACACAACGAAUUGUUACAUGCGCAUAUAUUAUGCACGUACGGUUCGCCAUAGAAUUUACUUCAUUUUUAUAUAAAAGCAGUAAAGUUUUCUUUAAAAUUAAGACAUUCAGUAUAAAAAAAAUAAAUAGUGCCUCUCGGGGUGUCAAUUUCAACAGUUACCCUCCCAAACAGGCACUAUUUUAUAUAUUGCUUUGUAUUUAAACUAUCAACCGAAAAAUUCACACAAUCAUUCUUGAACACUUCAUCCAUGUUUUUCUUCGCCAUUUUCAAAUACUUUACAAGUUGGAUUUCAGAGACAAGAUUUGAUUGGUUAGAUAAGGCCAUAACCUGUAAUUAGCAUUCGAUUUUUUGUCGAUAAAGGUCACUUGGAAGUGAAACUUAACGCAGCUUUUUCAAACUUUCCACGCGACCAUGAAAAUAGGGUUUGAAUUUAAUCAGACUGAUUUGAAAGGGACUGUCCCUUUUCAACAAAAACAAGAAUAAGCAUCGUGGCAUAACAAGUGUUUCGAGUGCUUGACUAUAAGAUAUAUAAACAUAUGUAUCCAAUAAAAUUCAUCCUCUUUACCAAUGACUCGUAUUGUCCCUGAUAUAUAGUAUAAUUAUAUAAUUUUGAAGAAUUUCAGAGGGUAACUACUCCAAAUAUUUUAAGAACUUACGGCAUGCCGUUUCUGUAUUCAAUAAUAUAAAAUUUCGAAGUGAGUGGGCCGCGGCAAAGCGUCGGCCAAUGACGGCCAUAUUGUCGAAUAUUAUUUGUUCCCAAACAAACAUAUAGAGAUAUAUAUUAGGCAGUCACGUGCUUUGUUUUAAUAAAUAAAAGUGUGGCAUUUCAGUCGGGGAAAACAAAUGGCCAUAUUAGCCCCACCCUAGGGCCUGAACCCCUGACCCAUGCAUUUCAUAAUUUUGGUAGAGUGCUUCAAGGUCAUCAUUAUCAUGCAUUUAGUUUUCAAUAUGUUUGUUAGUAGAGAAUAAGAUUUUUGAAAUUUUAGCUUCUGUGUAUUGGCCCCCCCCCCCAUGGCGCAAAGUGGUGUAGUAGAGCCUUGAUUUUCAAAAUUUAGGUUUCUCGUACCAUAGAGAUGCUUCACACAAAAAUGGUGAAAUUGGCCUUGUAGUUUUGAUAGAAGUAAAAAAUGUAAAGUUGUUACAAACGGUGGACGACGCACGAAGACCAAUUGCAUUAAGUCAUCUCAGUGAUUCGGGAGAAGAGUUUUGAAAAUUUAGCUUUUUUGUAUAUUUGUAUAACGUUUUCUUUAUGCAAUAUUCUGCGAAAAAUGACUUUGUUUAACAGCUGGCAUUUUUUUUUAAUUACCAAAAAUCUAAAUCCAAUUAAUACGCUCAUUUCUGAUGUAUGUCCAAUUUCUCUGCUAAACAUCAACUACCUAUCUUGAAAAUGGAAAGAGGAGUUAUCCAUACAGUAGGGGUACCCCUAUAUGCAAUAUUCUGCGAGAAAAGGACUUAGUUUUACAGCUGGUAUUUUUAUCAUAAAUUGUCAAGAAUCAAAACCCCAGUUAUAUGUACAUAUCUUACAUACAUCUUAUUGAUCGGCAAAACAACAACUUCCUAUCUUGAAAUCUGUUAUCCGUUCAGUAGGGUACCCGUUUGGCAGCUGCCCGUCCGCCGUUUUAAUAACCGGAUUUUUCCAUUGGAAACCCGGUUAAAAAUGAUUCUUUAAUAAACGAGUCAAAUAAUUAGAGCGUUCUGCAAAAUACGAUGGCUUUAUAAAAUACAUUGGAUAUAUAAAAAAAAUACAAAUUAUUUUAUAUCAAAAUGUCAAAUUAAUUAAUAUAUGACGAAUUAUUCUUGCAUUGAAUUCAAGUAAAUCAAUGCAAGUUACAUAAGCAAUAAAUUUGGCUUACACUACGUUGUUAUUUAGGAAAGCCAACUAUAAACUAUAAAUUUCAAUAUUGUUUCUCCAAAUUAUACAACUAUAUAAAUAUAAAAGUUGUUAUUGCAAAAGGGAAACAAUCAGUGUCUGAUUACUGAAUCCUUGUUUAAAAGCAUCCACAGACAAACUGUGUUCAAUUGCUUACUAUUAGACAAUAAUUGAUUAAUUUUUUAUUAUAGAUAAAAGAAAUAUUAAGGAGGAAGAAUGGAAAGAUAUCCUCAGUUAAAACUUUAUCUACUGUUUGCGCUAGGAUUGUUGGUAAUCUUGAUGAUCGGGAUGAACAGUUAUAGUUUGAGAAAUCAGUCCAAGUUCACAGAUCCCACUCCCAAAAAACAUUCAUAUAAUAAAAAUUAUAAUCCUAAUGUAGUGACUGAAAAGUUUGGAAAGAAGAAGUUGGAUGGUAUAGUGUGUGUCAAAUUUCAAGGACGACUUGGGAACUCAAUGUUUCAGUAUGUGUUCCUCUAUCUAAUAGCCAAACUCAAACAUUUGUAUCCUAUUCUUCCAGAAAAUUCCGAAUUGUUCCAUAUAUUUGAAAUCGAAAAGACAACGCUUUCCGCCAUCAAGAAACCUUUAAACGCUUGCUCCAAGUUACCCGAGUACAAGGAAAGAUGGUCAACAUCUUAUGAUGAACAGUUACUAAAGGUUCCAAGUAAUAAAAGCGCAAGAUUUGUUGGGUACUUUCUUUCAUGGAAAUACUGGCUCGAUUACGAAGAUGAAAUUCGGAAACUUUUAACGUUCAAAGAUUUUAUCGUACAAAAAGCACAUGCACAGAUGAGGAAUAUCACAAGCCAAAUGGAGUUUGAUAUCACCAACGAGGAGAAUGUUAUUGUCAGUAUACAUAUCAGACGGGGAGAUUUCGCGAGCAGUGUUUAUAUAAAUUACGGACAUCUUUCACCCAAUGAAACAUAUUACCGAAACGCAAUGAAAUAUUUCAAAACGCGGCAUAAAAAAGUUUUGUUUGUGGUGGGAUCUAACGAUAUAGACUGGUCUAGAAAAGCAUUGGAAGGGGAAAAGAAUGUAUAUUUUUCGACAGGAAAUGCCGCGGCGGAGGACAUUGCUUUGCUGUCUCUAGCUAACCACACAAUUAUUUCCAUUGGCACUUAUGGUUGGUGGAUCGGAUGGAUGGCACAGGGAACAUGUGUAUACUAUAAAAACGCUAUGAGACCUGGAUCCAGGUUCGCAAACAAUGUACGGACUCAUUCUCUUGAUGAUUUUAUUUACCCUGGGUGGAUUCCAGUAGAAUAAAUACAUUUUCAAAUUAU